AUGAGAUCUGCGUUAACAUCGCAUCUCAAUAUCAUUACAAAUCAUCUUAAUACAGCUAUUAAACCUAUUCAUUCAAGGUCAUUUAUUGCCCCCUUCAAAAACAUCAAUAUGUCGAAGUUCAACAUUAAUUCGAAACUUCGGAUGAACUCAGGAUAUGAAAUUCCUAUCCUAGGCUAUGGAGUCUAUCAAACUCCAGCAUCCCAAUGCGAAGAUCUAGUGGCCAAGGCUUUUGAUGCAGGCUAUCGACAUGUCGAUUCGGCGGCGGCAUAUCGAAAUGAAGGUCCAUGUGCUGCCGCCAUACGAAGAUCAAGUAUUCCUCGUGAGGAUAUCUUCUUUACUAGCAAAAUUCCACCUCGCUCCUUGAGCUACGAGAAUACCAAAGCACAAGUUGCCAAAACACUGAUGGAGACCGGGCUUGGAUACAUUGAUCUCAUGCUCAUUCAUGCUCCAUACGGAGGACGAGCUGCUCGUAAAGGUGCUUGGAAGGCUCUCGUGGAGGCUCAGGAAGAAGGCAAGAUCCGCAGUCUUGGUGUUAGUAAUUACGGUGUCCAUCAUUUAGACGAAAUGGAAGUUUAUAUGAAGGAGCUCGAGGAGGAGAGGGGCAAGGGCAGAGGUGGUGUGAUUGAUGUUGGCCAGUGGGAGCUCCACCCGUGGCUCGCUCGAUCAGAUAUCAUUUCGUGGUGCCAGCAGCGAGGCAUUGUAGCAGAGGCGUACUCUCCUCUUAUCCGUGGCGAGAGACAUGACUCCAAACUUCUUCAACCACUCACCAAGAAGUACAACAAAACGCCCGCUCAAAUCUUACUGAGAUGGAGUUUACAAAAGGGUUUUGUCCCUUUGCCGAAAACUGUUACUCCCGGCAGAAUUAAGGAAAACGCCGAUAUUUUUGAUUUUGAGCUCACAGCAGAGGAAAUGGAGGGGCUGGAAACCGGGGACUACUAUUCUUGUACCUGGGAUCCUACCGUUGCUACUCUGGAACAAUAG